AUGAGCAAACAAAAGUCGACAACAACUGUUAUCAGUGGUGCAGCAGCGAUGCCUAGCACCACCACUAUUACCAACGCGAACAAUCGUGCUGCUGCUGUGCUGCCUCGACCUAGGCGUCGAGAGCUUCAAAAUUUCCGGCUUCUAUGGCUUGAUGCCAAAUUGGAUGAGUCCAAUGACGAUUUCAAGAAAUCGUUUCGACGCCUGCGACGUGUUGUAGCAAGCAUCGAAACAUUUAAAGAUGCUCAAGAAUGCAUUGAUUUUCUCAGUGCCGUUACAAAUCAAAAGGUAUUUAUGAUCAUAUCUGGUUCACUAGGACGGCAAAUAAUAGCAGAUAUUGAAGCAUGGCCACAACUGGAGUCAGUCUAUGUAUUCUGUCGCAACCAAGCGGUCCAUGAACAAUGGGCCAAUAAAGUACCAAAGGUUAAAGGUGUAUACACAAAAAUCAAACCGAUCUGUAAGGCCUUGCAAAUCGAUCGCGAAAAUUGUGAUCGAGCAAUGAUCUCGAUCAGCUUUAAUGGUCGUGAUGCAUUAUUCAUGUAUACACAACUUUUAAAAGAAGCGCUUUUGGAAAUUGAAGAUGACGAUGUCAAAUCAAUUAAAGAUCUCGUAGAGUACUGUCGUCUACAAGAUGAUAUCGAUGAAGGUCAAAUUACGAAGGUCGAAAAUGAAUAUCGUGAUCAUACACCAAUAUGGUGGUAUACGGCUGAAACAUUUAUAUAUCCAAUGCUGAAUCGUGGCCUUCGACAAAUGGAUGUUGACAUCAUCCUUAAAAUGGGAUUUUUCAUCCGUCAUUUACAUCAGCAUAUUACCGAACUACAUCGCGAACAAAAAGGCAGCAUGCCAACAAAUUUUCAAGUCUUCCGUGGACAAGGUUUGUCCAUGGAAGAUUUUGAAAAAAUGAAAAAAACCAAAGGAGGACUUAUGUCCUUUAAUAAUUUCCUGUCGACAAGUCGCAAUCGCGAGAUAUCUUUCAAAAACUUUGCACGACCAGCAGCAUUAAAUACAAAUUCAGUUGGCAUCCUUUUCAUUAUGAACAUUGACACGGCUAUUUGUACAAAAUCAUCAACAACAUUUGCUGAAGUAAGCAAAGUUGGCUACUACAAAGAUAAAGAGGAAGAAAUACUAUUUUCAACACAUGCGAUUUUUCGUAUCGAUCGCAUUGAACGAAUUCACGAUAAUCACUGCGAUCGGCUAUACGAAGUUAAUCUCACUAUUGUCGGUAAUGACAAUCAUGAAUUGAACACACUUACAGCACAUAUACGUAAGGACCUUGGUGGACGAACAGGAUGGUCUCGACUUGGUUUCAUACUUAUUAAAUUGGGUGAGCCCGCAAAAGCAGAACAACUAUAUCAAAUUCUCCUUGCAAAGGCAUCUUCUGAUCAAGGUCGAGCAGAAUACAAUCAUCAGCUUGGCUGGGUGUAUUAUAACAUCGGAGAGUAUUCAAAAGCACUUUCAUAUUACGAAAAAUCACUGGAUAUCUACAAGAAAAUUCUCUCUCCAAAUGAUCUCAGUUUCGCUUCUUCCUACCUCAACAUUGGUUCGGUAUAUGAUAGCAUGGGCAAGUACUCGAAAGCACUUUCAUCGUAUGAACGAUCACUUGAAAUCAAGAAAAUAGCUCUCCCUCCGAAUCAUCCCGACUUGGCUGCUUCCUACCUCGGCAUCGGUUCGGUGUAUUAUAGCAUGGGCGAGUACUCUAAAGCACUUUCAUCGUAUGAACGAUCACUUGAAAUCCGUAAAAUAGCUCUCCCUCCGAAUCAUCCCGACUUGGCUUCUUCCUACGAAGGUAUCGGUGUGGUGUAUGAUGAAAUGGGCGAGUACUCAAAAGCACUUUCAUCGUACGAACGAUCACUUGAAAUCCGUAAAAUAGCUCUCCCUCCGAAUCAUCCCGACUUCGCUCAAUCUUACAACAACAUCGGCUUCAUGUAUUAUAACAUGAGCGAGUACUCGAAAGCAGUUUCACAUUACGAAAAAGCUCAAGAAAUUUGGAAAAAAUCACUUCCUCCAAAUCAUCCACAUAUUGCUCUAGUGAAAAACAACAUUGAAAUUGUAAAAAAGAAAAUGUAA